GCUGGGGAUGUACUCUAGAACAUUUGCCUGGCAUGUACAAGGCCCUGGAAUUUGUUCCCCAGCACCACAGAGUGACCCAUAAAGGGGCAGUGAUGGAUUGAUGGGGCCGCAGAGUUCUGGCCUCAAGGAUCCUCCCCCUGGAAAGCCAGCCCCCACUUGCUCCAGGCCUGACUUUUGCCCUUCACCCUGGCUCUGCUCAGCAGCCCCACCCAACCUGGGCCCUAGGCUGGUUAUAGACACGUCAGCAGAGCUGGGUCAGGGGCUGGUGGUUAUGUGAGGCUAUUUUUAAGUCCAGCUCUGUGGCUGGCACUCCCACCCCCAGCCACUCUGCCACUACUGGCCACCUGCCGCCGCCUGUCCCGCUUGGAAUGCUGAUUGGCAGUUGGCUGGGAUGGGGGUUGGGGACAGACCGUUAUAAAGCUCAGGGUGCUAGGGAGGCAGCUGUCCCUUUCUGGAGCCCCUGUGUCUCCCUGCCACCAUGGCUACCCACCGCCUAGUGAUGGUCCGCCACGGUGAGAGCACAUGGAACCAGGAAAACCGUUUCUGUGGCUGGUUUGAUGCAGAGCUGAGUGAGAAAGGGACAGAGGAGGCCAAGCGUGGGGCCAAAGCCAUCAAGGACGCCAACAUGGAGUUUGAUAUCUGCUACACAUCAGUGCUGAAGCGGGCCAUCCGGACCCUCUGGACCAUCCUGGAUGGCACAGACCAGAUGUGGCUGCCUGUGGUGCGCACUUGGCGCCUCAAUGAGCGGCACUAUGGGGGCCUCACAGGCCUCAACAAGGCAGAGACCGCCGCCAAGCACGGGGAGGAGCAGGUGAAAAUCUGGAGGCGCUCCUUCGACACCCCGCCGCCCCCUAUGGAUGAGAAGCACCCCUACUAUAAUGCCAUCAGCAAGGAACGUCGGUAUGCAGGCCUGAAACCUGGGGAGCUGCCCACCUGUGAGAGUCUCAAGGACACCAUUGCCCGGGCCCUGCCUUUCUGGAAUGAGGAGAUUGCCCCCCAGAUCAAAGCUGGCAAGAGAGUGCUCAUUGCAGCCCAUGGGAAUAGCCUACGGGGCAUCGUCAAGCACCUGGAAGGGAUGUCGGACCAGGCCAUCAUGGAUCUGAACCUGCCCACUGGGAUCCCCAUCGUGUAUGAGCUGGACCAGGCACUGAAGCCCACCAAGCCCAUGCGGUUCCUGGGAGAUGAGGAGACAGUGCGGAAGGCCAUGGAAGCUGUGGCCGCACAGGGAAAGGCUAAGUGAGGGUGGGUAUGGCAAUAAAGACAACUCUCUGCA